AUGUCUGGUGGAUCUGGUGAACCAAAUACUACAAGUAGAAGGACAUGGAGUGUUAGUGAGGAUGGCAAGCACACAGUCGUUGUGGCAAGCCGCAGUGAGUUGAGUACACCUAGUACUGUAUCCCUACCUCCCCCAGAGCCUGCUCCAGGUCUUAUAUUACCUGAUGGGUCUAUCAAUUGGGGCUGUCCUUGUCUUGGUGGCAUGGCCACGGGGCCCUGCGGAACUCAAUUCCGUGACGCAUUUUCCUGCUUCCAUUACAGUGAAGCUGAACCAAAAGGGAGUGAUUGUUAUGAAAAGUUCAGUGUAAUGCAAGAGUGCAUGGCACAGUACCCUGAAUUGUAUGGCAAGGAUGAUGAUGAUGAUGAACUUGCUGCUGCUAUGGAGGAGUCUGCAGCUACCAGUGAAGAUUCUACAACCAAAGAUGAAAAAAAGAAAUUGUAA